AUGGCUGCCAAAGACCGCCUCAUAGACAUCGCAGCAAUCAUAGCUUUAGCAGCAACAGAAAAAAGAAAACAAAACCAAAAGAAUGAACUCAAAGACCCUCACCAGUCCCCAGAUCCCCAGGGGCCCCCAAACCCUAGGGGGCCCCCUGGGCCCCAGGGGCCCCCCGAGAUCCAGGGGCCCCCUGACCCCCGGGGGCCCCCGGGGCCCCCAGGGCCCCAGGGGCCCCUGGGGCCCCGGGGCCCUUUAGAGCACUUGGGGGCCCCCGAGCUUCUGGGGCCCCCAGGGGCCCCCGACUUUUCUGCGCCUAAGGGGCCCCCGGGGCCCCUGGGGGCCCCUGGGGGCCCUCAGGGGCCUCAGGGGGCCCUGGGGGGGCCCCCAGGGUCUCUAAGGGCCCCCGAGGGCCCCCAGGGGCCCCCAAGACCUCCGCAAGAGCUCGAAGGGGGGCCCCUGAGGCCCCCAAAUGCAUUAAAAGCCCCUAAUAAUGCUGCAGAAGGUCUUGAGGCCCCAGGGGCCCCCAAAGGCCCGGGGCCCCCUAGGCACCAGGGGGCCUUCGAGCCCCCGGGGGCCCCCGAGGCCCCGGGGGCCCCCGGGGCCCCGGGGGGCCCCCAGGGGCCCCCGGGGGGCCCCCAGGGGCCCCCGGGGGGCCCCCAGGGGCCCCCGGGGGCCCCCCAGGGUGCAGCAAGUUUGAGUGGGUCUGAGGGUUUUGCUGCUGGCAGCAGUUUCAAUGGAGACAAAAGAAGCGACAGCUGCAUUGAGGGGGCUCCUGCUGCUGCUGCUGCUGCUGCUGCUGCUGCUGCUGCUGCUGCUGCUGCUGCUGCUGCUGCUGAGACAAAAGAAGAGACCCAAAGAAGAAGGGACUGUGGGGUGGGGGGCCCCCCCAUUCCUGGAAUCUUGGGGGCCCCCGUAGGGUACAGAUAUGCACUGGGGGGCAUUUUGGUUUACUACGAAGGCUGUGGGGCCGAGAGGGCAGUCAGAGGCUGCCCCUGGGGCCCUUCGUUUGGUUCUGCUGCUGCUGCUGCUGCUGCUGGAUGGAGACAUCCCCCGCCUGCAGCAGCAGCAGCAGCAGCUGCUGCUGCUGCUCCCGCUGCUGCUUCCGGCAGUGAAGAGCCCCCACCGGCAGCAGCAGCAGCAGAGACAGCCGAGCCGUCAUGGCCCAGGCACUGGCCAGAGCAGCAGGAGACAGCGACACACCAACAGCAGCAGCAGCAGCAGCAGCAGCAGCAGCAGCAGCAGCAGCAGCAGCAGCAGCAGCAGCAGCAGCAGAACAGCAGCAGCAGCAGCAGCAGCAGCAGCAGCAGCAGCAGCAGCAGCAGCAGCAGCAGCAGCAGCAGCACAGUCAGCAGCCAGCAGCAGCAGCAGCAGCAGCAGCAGCAGCAGCAGCAGCAGCAGCAGCAGCAGCAGCAGCAGCAGGUGGGGGGUGAGUCGACGGCACAGGAAGGGAGCAGCAAAGAGGGAGAGACAAGAGAAGAGGGGCCGGAAGAGAAGACGCAGACACAGGAAGCAGCAGCAGCAGCAGCAGCAGCAGCAGCAGCAACAGCAGCAACAGCAGCAGCAGCAGCAACAACAACAGCAGCAGCAGCGGCAAGCCACUCUAAAGAGCACAAAGACAAAGACAAACAAACGGACGCAGAAGCGACAGACACAAACAAGCAAAACGAGCAGCAGCAGCAGCAGCAGCAGCAGCAGCAACAGCAGCAGCAGCAGCAACAGCAGCAGCAAAGCCUGCUGUCUUUGCUGCUGCCGCUGCCUCUUCCAGCUCCACCCCCUGCUCCGCAAUUAGUGGAGACAGCCUGGGCCCCAGCAGAAACUAAGGCAGCAGCAGCAGCAGCAGCAGGAGCACCAACAACGCAGCAACAGCAGCAGCAACAGCAGCAGCAGCAGCAGCAGCAGCAGCAGCAGCAGCAGCAGCAGCAGCAAAGUGUGCGUUGCGUGCAGCUGCUGGUGCCACCGGACUCUCUACUGUUUGAAUCGCGUUUUGAGUCAGGAAAUCUGUUAGCAGCAAUUCGGGGCAUUUGCGAACCCCAAGUUUAUUUGCUGCUGCUGCGCCCCGACUCCAGAAGCAGCAACAAAGCAUUUUGGUUUUAUUUUGCUGCUCAAAGAGCAGCAGCAAGCAGCAGCAACAAGACCCCGCUCACUGUCACGUUCAAAAUCCUGAACUUAGUCAAGAACAACCCCUUUUACUCCCGGGGGUGUGGGGCCCCACUGGUGUUUUGCUGCCAGGCUUUUCGGGAUCGUGGGAUCGGCUGGAGACGAUCCCAGGGUCCAGUUCGUUUCUACAGAAACAGUGCAGCAGCAGCAGCAGGGCCCUCUGCUGCUGCUGCUGCUGCUGCUGGCGCAGCAGCAGCAGCAGCGGCUGCCAGCGCGGCCCCCGGCGCCCCCGCAGCAGCAGCAGCAGCAGCAGCAGCAGGGGGCGGCGGGGCGGAGCACUGGGGCUGCGGCUCGGCCGCAGCAGCAGCAGCAGCAGCAGCAGCAGCAGCAGCAGCAGCACGGGACCUGCGCAGCAGCUACUUUUCGCUGGAGUUUGACUUCACUUUCGACCAAGACACCGGAGACACUGUCUUCUUUUGCUGCUGCCUCCCUUUUUCCUUUUCCGACAUUCUCGAUCUUGCUGCUGCACUCAACUCCCACGCCCACGCCAAACAGCUUUGCUUAACAGAAACCCUCUGCGAAACCCCAGGGGGCCUCCCCUGCCCCAUUUUCUUCAUUGGAGACCCCCCUUGCAAUCCGCUGCAGCAGCAGCAGCAGCAGCAGCAGCAGCAGCAGCAGCAACAGCAGCAGCAGCGGGAGCAGCAGCAGCGGGAGCAGCAGCAGGGGGAGCAAAAGCAGCAGCAGCAGCAGCAGCAGGAGCAAAAGCAGGAGCACGAGCAGCAGCAGCAGCAGCAACAGCAGCAGCAGCAGCAGCAGCAGCAGCAGCAGCAGCAGCAGCAGCAGCAGCUGGAAUUGAGGCCCUUUGACUUCAGUCCCUCUGGAUUUUUGUUUGACCCUCUCAAAGUGGGGAGAAGACACAAGGGGGGCCCCCCAGGCCCUGGGGGCCCCCCCCCCUCAAGGGGCCCCCCUCCAGAAGCUGGCGUGGGGGCCCCCGGGGGCCCCCCUCCCAGCGGAGAAGCAGCAGCAGCAGCAGCAGCAGCAGCAGCAGCAGCAGCAGCAGCAGCAGCAGCAGCGCGUG